AUGUCGCUCAUUCUGAGUGCUCUCGCCGAUUCUUCGUCGAUGCACACACCCGUUCUGACGCCCAACUUGGCAUACUCGGACGAGGAAGACCUUGGCAACGUAGAUUUUUCGCCCACUUCAUCCAACGGAGCCCGUCCUUAUACCUCGUAUUUCGCCCGUAAUGUGCGGGGAAGGUCCAAUUCUAUCGACUCGGAGUACGAAGAACUGGACACACCCGCCGAGUAUCGAACCGCUGUCUCGUCUGACAUUUUUCAGGUGGCUGCUACCCCGGAGGACGGUGAUACCGGAGCGCCCGUCGACACAAACGAACAAGACAAAAAGGUAUUGGGUGGGUCAGAAAUGAAUCUCCCUGAGUCCGCAGCCACACUGCAAAUCCAAGACGACAAGGCACAGAAUCCAUGCACGCCAGCUCGAAAAAGACCUCCACCCAUCCAAGUUGGAAAUCAGGGGCCAAGAUUUACAACAGCGCAAAUAAUCGCCGCUAGUCCGAACACGCAUGAGCCUAGCCCGGGCCUAGAAAUCCUCAAAACGUCGGUAACUAUCCAGACUGAUGCAACGUUUAUAACGGUCGAAGAGGAGGAAGAGAAUGAUAUUGUCGAAUCCCCCACCCGUAGGAGCGUCAAAUUAAGUGACGCCAGUGCGUUUUCGUUGUCCUUGUUUCCUCCAACCCCUACUACGCCCAUGAACAGACAGAGUUGGGUAAGAAGCGGACAGUCGAGUAUGGAUGGAAGCAGUUUUUCGUCCAGUCGUCGGGGAGUGGGAUCUCCAGUCGCAUUCUCGACGCCUCGAGCUCACCCUUAUUGCUCCGCACUACCCACACCUACCCGUCGCACACACCGCGCCACCAUGUCGAUCGACAGACAGCCUCGUUCAGAGGCAUCGUUCAGACCUGGACGUGCAUCCAUUGACGCUCCUCGGUUCACCCAUACCCUGAAACCCCAGCCUGUCACCCGUCCACGCGCAGACACCAGCUCCGAUUCUUCAUACAGCCAAUCGAGCGAUUCAGUCUCAUUUUACUCGGACGCGGAGCGAUCGAAUACUUCUGUCAUCGUACCAGCAGUCGAACAAGCUGAGCAGAAAGAAACUUCAUAUAUGCGCUCUGAAUCGGUAUUUGAAACAUCCAUCGAAUCUGUUUCUGUCAGCCGUACUUCCAGGGACGUGCUCUCCCAGUCCAGGCUUGGGUCUUGCGAGGAUGUCGUAUUGACCCGUGGGGUCCUCCCUCCAACGCGCAAACCAGUCCCCCAGUUCGAACAGCACGAGCUCGCCGAGAUGACGAAACCUCAACCGCAACUGUCUCUCCCCGAAUCCGAACCAGUGCUGACCCCCAGUUCGCCGUCCCCUGUGAGCGCGUUCUCGUUCAACUCUGCGCCCGUUCGGUCCAAGCCCAAGGCAAAGAAGAGAAAGAAGCUCCGAAAGCUCGUCAUCUCUCACCCGCUUGCGAACGAUGAGAAUAAUCUACCUACGGCUGGGUUGUCUCAAACGACGUUACCUAUUGGGCCCAAGGUCACGUAUAGUAGCAGCAUUGGGUCGCUGAGGGAUGAAUUGCUCGGGAAGGCGAGCUCGCUCAGGGUUCCUUCGCUGAAUCCGAGUCAGAAGAGGCCGAAAAAGUCCAAGAAGCAGCCGCCCCCGCCGUUUGACAAGUAUGGAUUACCAGACGAAGAUCAAUUGAGGCUUGCAAGCGAGAUGUAUGUAUACGACGAAAACAGCCGUCCGGUCCGCUUUGGUGACAUCUUCAUGGGCCAAAAGACCGCAAUCUGCUUCAUCCGUCAUUUCUGGUGCCCGUUGUGCCAAGACUACAUGUCCUCGAUUGUCCAUCUCACCGAGCCAUCCCUUGUCAAAAAGGCUGGUGUCAAGCUCGUCAUCAUCGGCAAUGGAUCACCCAGCAUGCUCAAAUCGUACAAGACUGACAUAUUCAAGUGUCCGUACGAGAUGUACACGGACCCGGACCGGGCGUUGUACAAUGCGCUAGGAAUGACGUUGAGGACGAAUGAUGGAGGAAGUGAUGAAGAAAAGGGUUCGUACGUGAAGCAUGGGACGUUCACGGGCACAAUGUUGGUCCUCAAGCGCGCUAUGAAAAUGCCGCUGGCAAAUGCGGGUGACAUUAAGCAACUUGGAGGGGAGUUUAUUCUGGGCCCCGGUCUCAACUGCUCAUUCGCGAGCAGGAUGCAUACAACUCGUUCGCAUAUACCCAUUCGAAACCUCCUACAAGCCGCGGGGGUAUCGAUGAAUCCCUGGGAGACCGACUUGUCCAUCCUCCGUUCACCAACAGACUCGUUGAGGUGGACAGACGCUCAAAACGAGGAUAUGAACAGUAUGAUCCGAAAAGGAUUGCAAGCGAGCUGCGGAGACGAGGGAUGUCCGUUCGAACCCGACGUCAAAGAAACCAAGUUGGAUAUACGAGAGUUCCAGCGUUUGAUUGAUCGAUUGAAAGAGGAAGACUCGGGGCCGGUCGAAUAUCCGACAACGUACCUCAAGGAAGUCCUAGGCGAAAGUCUAACUGAGCUUGACCAAUUGGAGGCGGUUGCAGAAGUACGAGGGACCUGGUAA